CCCUAUUCGUUCGUCGAUCCAAGUCCGCAGAUGGAUGCCGCGCGGACAGAAACAAAUGCAGGUGACGCUCACGAGGCCCUGCAGCGCCGGCGUCUGCGCAACCGCGAUGCCCAACGCAGAUUCCGACAGAAGCGCAGCUUGGCCAAGGCCGCGCGGCAGGACAGUACUGGCAACUCGCUGAGCCUCCACGCCGACCAUGCCGUGCCCGACGAGGCCCGGCCCGUGUACUCUCCCAUCCUGCUGGGGAACUUUCCCGGGAACUUCCCCUCGAGGCCGACGUCCCACCAGAGCGACCCCGCCUCCCUUGACCUGGCCGCAUUUGCCACUGGCCUCGGCCUGGAGAGCGCCUGCCUGGGGUGGGAGGCGUGUGCGGCGGCGGCCCACGCGUGGGAGCCCCUCCUCGUCGAUGACCUCUCCAGCGCCAGCACGGCCCAGAUUCCAACCUCAGGGCCACAGUGGACUGACAAUCCCCAGGCGCCAGCCUCGCCCGCCCGCAAACCGCCCUCUGGAGCGCCUGCCGACGACGCCGGGCCUUGGAUGACGCCGCUGCACAUGGCGGCUACACGGGGCAACAACCGCAUCGUCCGGGUCUUGCUGGAAACGCAGGUCGACCUCAACGAGAAGGACAGCGAGGGCCGCACGCCCCUGAUGCUUGCCGUGGCCCAGGGGCACGAGGACAUUGUGCAGUCUCUGCUAUCUCGUGGGGCGGCCGUCGGCGAUGAGCGCGGUGCAAAGGAUGGUAUCAAUGCCAUUCAUCUGGCGGUCAUGUACCGGAGGGAAAGUAUCUUGGGCCUCCUCGUCCGUCACUCCCCGGGCUGCGUGGACAGCUACUCUGCCUGCGGGAGGACCCCCUUGCACAUUGCCAUCGACAUCGGCUUCGAGGCUGGUGUGAUCUUGCUGCUCCACCACGGCGCUGAUCCCAAACGCAAGGCAAAACAUGUCACAGACGAAGCCCCAGCCCUGAUUCCUUACGCAUCGUCAGAUGGCUCUCAUUCACGGGAGCUCUCUGGCGUCAGCGACUGAGAUCAACUUGUUGCAUUCUGUACCGGUGCACUUUUCUGAUACGAACGCUCUGGGGAGUCGUUAGAAUACACCAGAUAGAUUUCAGUUGCCUAUUCUCGCAUCUAGAUUCCACCUAUUACUUAACAGCCUCUAAAUGCAUAUCCGACUCCUCCUUGAUACCAGCAUUACUAGUGGGAAUGCACACAAAGCAUGAAAUGACAUCGCACAUAGCCGUACCAGCCAGGUAAUUUCGAGUUCAGUUUUGCCAAAGGCAACACGGUCCUAAUCUUGCCCAGCUGGCCGACCUUUUCUUCGAACCCCAAUGGCGAUACGAUUGAUCCCGAGCCCAGAUCACGCCUUUAUGAUCUUCUCGACAAUGUCCAGCCCGCCCAGCUUCUUCAAGAACCCGUCGAGGUAGCCAAACGGCAUAAAGGUAGCGAACCACAGCAUGGUGGCCGACUCGCCCCUCCAGAUGACCGGCGGCGGCUUCUUCUUGGACAGGUCGCGCACGGUCAGCCGGGCCCACUCGUCGACGUCCAUGCCCUGGCCGACAAACACCUCCUGGCGCAGCGCCUUCUCGACGACCUCGCGGGCGGGCUCGUAGAUGGAGCCCUUGGGCAGCGUGGGCGCCUUGCCGGCGUGGUUGUGGAUGAGGUUGGUCUUGGUGACCGCGGUGCGCAGGUCGACGACCUGCACGCCAAAGGGCUCCAUCUCGAGCCGCAGCGUGUCCGAGAGCAUCAUGAGCGCGGCCUUGGACGCCGUGUACACGCCCUGCCACGGCAGCAUCGUGCUCGCGCCCACCGACGUGUGGUUGACCACCAGGCCCUUGGACUGCAGGAUCAGCGGCGUCAGCGCCUGCGUCACGGCCAGGUGCGCCCACACGUUCAGGUCGAACAGCUCCUUGGCCUUGGCGAUGUCGAUGUCCACCACCGGCAUCAGGAACUCGGCCCCGGCGUUGUUGACCAGCACGUCCAGCCUGGUCAGCUUGGGGACCAGGCCGUCGAUGGACGCCUGCGAUGUGACGUCCAGCUGGAGCGUCUCGAUGCCGCCGACGGCGACGAGGCCCUUCAUCUUGGAGGGGUUGCGGGCCGUUGCGAUGACAUGGUAGCGGCCGGUGUUGUGGAAGGCCUUGGCCAGCGCGGCGCCGAUGCCGCCGUCUGAGCAGCCGGUGAUGAGGACUGUCUUUUUUUCCUGAGGUGCCAUGAUGAGUUGGAUCGAUUGCCGUCUGGCGGCUGCUGGAUGAUGAACCUCUGGCGAGGCGCGCGUUUCGAAUUAAUAUAUGGGCUCAUCAUGUGCAUCCUUCGUCUGAUCUGAUGGUACGAUAUUAUUCCUUUGAUGUUGUGCAGGCGAAAAACGAAACGAAAGCAG